GUCAACCAUCGGUGGCAGAGUUACCUUAUUUCUUCAGUCUCCCUUUGCCGCCCAACCCACACACUGCACUCUCAUCUUAUGGGCUCCCUUCCUGUUCCUGAUGCGUUGCGGUGGUGGUGGCAAGUGAGCAACCGCAGAGAUGAAUACGCCCGAGCAGUGCUCACACUUUCCUUGGUAGUCCUUUCCAUCUCCUGGUACGCAUGGUUAACCAGGAAAUCAAGKAAAGCAGACCUCCCGUUGCCGCCCGGCCCACGAGGCCUGCCCCUGGUCGGAAACCUCCUUUCCCUUCACCCGGAACUCCACGUCUAUUUCGCCGAGCUGGCUCGGACCUAUGGCCCCAUCACGAAAUUGCAGCUAGGUAAGAAGUUGGGCAUUGUGAUUACCUCACCGUCGUUGGCUAAGGAAGUGCUCAAGGACCACGACACCACCUUUGCCAACCGUGACGUACCGGCUGCAGGCCGGGCGGCUACGUAUGGGGGCCUUGAUAUUGUAUGGACUCCAUAUGGUCCAGAGUGGCGAUUGCUGCGUAAGGUGUGCGUGCGUGAGAUGCUCGGCACUGCCACUCUUGACGCCGUUUAUGGCCUUCGUCAGCGGGAGGUUCGCCGGACCGUGGAAUACCUGUAUUCCAGGACUGGCUCCCAGGUGAAUAUUGGGGAGCAGAUGUUCUUGACCGUGCUCAAUCUGAUCACGAGCAUGCUGUGGGGCGCUACGAUCAAGGGGGAGGAGCGGUCUCGUCUCGGCGCAGAGUUCCGACAAGCCAUUGGCGAGAUGACAGCGCUGCUGGGUAUGCCCAAUGUUUCCGAUUUUUUUCCUAUUCUGGCCCGCUUCGAUCUGCAAGGCGUGGAGAGGAAGAUGAAGGGUCUGGCCUCGCAGUUUGAUCGAAUGUUUGAUUCCAUGAUUCAUAAACGGCUGAAUAUCAUGGACGAAAAAGGUAAAGAGGAGGGCCAUGACUUUCUGCAGUUCCUAUUGAAUCUCAAGGACCAAGGAGAUGCUAAGAACUCCCUCACAAUGAAUCAAAUCAAGGCCUUACUCAUGGACAUGGUGGUUGGUGGGACGGAUACGACUUCAAACACGGUAGAGUGGGCAAUAGCCGAACUGAUGAACAAGCCAGAGACGAUGAGGAAAGCCCAAGAAGAACUGGAGAGAGUGGUGGGUAAAGACAACAUAGUCGAAGAGUCUCACCUUCCCAAGCUACACUACUUGCAAGCCGUGAUGAAAGAAGUGCUCCGUUUACACCCGGUUCUGCCACUGUUAGUCCCCCAUUGCCCAAGCUCUUCGUGCGCUGUUGGGGGUUACAUGGUCCCCAAGGGCGCCAGAGUCUUCGUCAAUGCGUGGGCAAUCCAUAGAGACCCUGCGUUGUGGGACAAACCCUUGACGUUUGAUCCCGAGAGGUUCUUGAUUGAUGGGAAAUGGGAUUACACCGGCAGGGAUUUGAGCUACUUCCCGUUUGGUUCCGGGAGGAGGAUAUGUGCAGGGAUAGCAAUGGCAGAGAGGAUGGUUAUGUAUGCAUUGGCAUCGCUGUUGCAUUCGUUCAACUGGGAAUUGCCGAAGGGAGCAAAGCUUCAACUUACUGAGAAGUUUGGGAUUGUGCUAAAGAAGGCCACACCUCUUGUCGCAGUCCCCACGCCAAGGUUAUCUGAUCCAAAACUUUAUGCCGGAUGUUAGUUUCAUCGUCGUCUUCUCUGAGAAGAUUCUGUUAUGUUCUUGAUCGAAUUGAGAGUACUCAGCUCAGAUCUAUGUUGUAUAAAAGAAAUGAACAACAAAAUAAGCCCAAUGCAAUAAUUUUCAAGAAACUAAAACAAGAUGGGUGGUUGGCUGGUUGGAGUGAUUAGCACAAGGUCUUUGAACAUUACAGAAAAUUACUCAGACAAGCUUGACGUAUUAACCUUCCGGUAUAGCAGUAACUCUAUAAUGCCAUGACUAGUGCAUGCCAAAUUCUUGGCUGUCUUUUGCGAAAAGAAGAUUCCCCUCGUUGCAUUUAGGUAAAUCCGAAGCCAUUUUUCAGCACCAUUUUCUUACAACCGAGUUCAUCACCAAGUAUUUGUCAAAAGGCCACAAAGAGGUAAGCCCCUCACCUCAUCCUUUUUUAUUUUAUCUUGAUGAUUUUUCUUUUUGUUUUCUUAAAUCUUCCUAAUGAUAUAGGUGCUUUUCUUUUCUUUUCUUUUUUUUCAUUUCAGCCGUGAUUAUUUUGUUGAUUGGAUGGUGUUUGGCAUUCUUGUUGGUUAAUUUCCUAGUUAUUAGGUGUAAAAAUCAUUAGAAUAGUUUGUUGGUUGAUUUGGAUAGCA